GUUAAAAGUGUGUAAACGAAAUUAGGGCGGGGGCGGCAAUCGGAUGUUCGCGCCAGGAUUAAUUCACUUCACUCCAUUUCAUUAUACCCGCAUAUCUAUCUAUACAUAUAUAUAAAGCUGAUAAUAAUAAUGUUUGGUUGGCUGAUUUCACCGUAUUCAUUAUUAAUCGGAGUUUGUUAGAAUAAUAAUAAUAAUGUCUUGUCCGAUUCCGCCGCCCAGAGUGGCAGCUCGACGCAGAACCCAACCUACACCUCCUUCCCUUCCCAAUUCCAUUUCCAUUUCCAUUUCAAUCAAAUCUUCUUCUUCUUCUAAGAAUAAAAAGAAGAAAGAAUGUGAUGAUUAUCGGGAUACGGAAUGCGAGAAAUGCGGGUCGGGUGAAUUUGGAUCCGAGCUGUUGUUGUGUGACGGCUGUGACCUUGGCUUUCAUUUGUUUUGUCUUACCCCUAAACUUUCCACCGUUCCAACCUCCCCCUUUUGGUACUGUCCUUCCUGUUCUUUUCACCCCGCCGCCGCCGCCGCCGCCGCCGUCGUCAAUACCAAUAAUAUUAAAAGAUUUCCAUUGGUUCAAACCAAAAUCAUUGACUUCUUCCGUAUCCAAAGGUCAACUCCUUCUCAAGAAGAUAUCCACCACAAGAAAAGACGACGAACCGGUAGCUCAUUAGCUACAACUAAGAAAAAGAGGAGGCUGUUGCCAUAUACUCCAUCCGAAGACCCCGAAACAAGAUUACGACAAAUGGCAUCACUAGCCACCGCUUUGACUGCAGCUGGAGCUGUUUUCAGUAAUGACCUCACUUAUCUUCCUGGGAUGGCUUCUAAGUCAGCCAAUCGUCCGUCCUUCGAGAAACAAGGAAUGCAGGUUUUAUCAACACAAGACACCCAGGCUUUGAAUUUAUGUAAAACUAUGAUGAAGAAUGGGGAAUGCCCACCUCUUAUGAUUGUUUUUGAUCCUCUUGAAGGUUUUACUGUUGAAGCAGAUAAACCUAUCAAAGACUUGACGAUUAUCACCGAGUAUGUUGGAGAUGUUGAUUACUUAAAAAAUAGGGAAAAUGAUGAUGGAGAUAGUAUAAUGACUCUUAUUUCUGCUUCUAAUCCUUCAAAAAGUCUUGUCAUUUGUCCUGACAAACGUAGUAACAUCGCUCGAUUCAUCAAUGGCAUUAACAAUCACACACCGGAGGGUAAAAAGAAGCAGAAUUUGAAGUGUGUGAGAUACGAUGUCAAUGGUGAAGCUAGAGUGUUGCUAAUAGCAAAUAGAGACAUAUCAAAGGGAGAAAGAUUGUACUAUGACUACAAUGCUUAUGAACAUGAGUAUCCGACUCACCAUUUUGUAUGACCCCUAUCUUGUAUACCCUUAAUUAUUAUGGGCUACAAACUAACCCCAAAUCUUACUACCAAAUUAACUUAUGUUGAGUUUUGCCUUGUCUCAAAAUGUUAGUCACUUCAACUGUACAAGGGGUAUUCAUUAUCUAUAUAAAUGAGAAUUGACAAUGGCCUGAAAUUUUUGGUAUGA